AUGGCGUCGAGAUCAUCAACAUCCGUUCUCCUCCUCUCUUGUAUGAUAUCGUGCGUGUUUAUGUUGCUUGUAAUCAAUGUACCAAAAGCAGAGGGUGAUAGCCAAUUGCCAGUCUGCGGAAAUAAAGAAGGAUGCGGAGGCAUAUGGUGUAGAGAUGAAAGAAGACCAGGUAAAGGAAAAUGUAUCACUUGGACUUGUGACUUACAAGAAGAUUGUAAGAAGUUUGUUAAUUGCGAGGGAUUACCAAUGCCUUAUUGUAUGGAAGGAUUAUGCGCUUGUUAG